ACCGCCCCCUGUGAGUGCCCUCAACCCCCGAGACCACGAGCCCACGCCGCCCACUCUCUCCCUGCGUUCGUUCAUUCUAAAUUCCCAAGGCCGAGCCCACGUUCUUCUCUCCCGGGGCCCCUUGGUUCAGAGUUGGGAGAAGGUUGAGCGCUUGGCGCAUCCUCUUUGAAAGAAAUGGGACUUAGAACCUCUCCAAUGGGCCUUGGUAAGGGACUUGGGGAGGGGGAGCUUUGAUGGGAUCGCUUAAGGGAUUUGGGGUAAAGGGUUGCCUCGGGAGGAACAGACGACGAAACCAUCUGCCGCUGGAGCUUGACUUCUGGGAGAAGUGCGAAGGGCUUGAGCAGAUUGAUUAUAAGCUGUGUCGCCAAAGUGUUUGUCUGGCCCAAUGGAAAGCGUCAGGAACUGGCAAAAUGUUUUAGAGAAAGCAACCAGUGAGUUGAAUACUGCUGAGGACUGGGGCCUCAUCUUGGAUAUUUGUGAUAAGGUUGGCCAAUCUCGCACAGGACCUAAAGAUUGUCUUCGUUCUAUUAUGAGAAGAGUGAACCAUAAAGACCCCCAUGUUGCUAUGCAGGCUUUAACUCUUCUAGGAGCAUGUGUAUCAAACUGUGGCAAAAUUUUUCACUUAGAAGUGUGUUCAAGGGAUUUCGCUAGCGAAGUAAGCAAUGUGUUAAAUAAGGGCCAUCCUAAAGUAUGUGAAAAAUUAAAGGCUCUUAUGGUUGAAUGGACAGAUGAAUUUAAGAAUGACCCACAGCUAAGUCUGAUAUCGGCAAUGAUUAAGAACCUCAAGGAACAGGGUGUAACAUUCCCAGCCAUCGGCUCUCAGGCUGCAGAACAAGCGAAAGCAAGCCCGGCUCUGGUAGCCAAGGACCCUGGCACUGUGGCUACCAAAAAGGAAGAAGAAGAUUUAGCCAAAGCUAUUGAGUUGUCGCUCAAGGAGCAAAGGCAGCAGGCAGCCCCCCUCUCCACGUUGUACCCAAGCACAUCCAGUCUCCUCACUAACCACCAACAUGAAGGCAGGAAAGUCCGCGCUGUGUAUGACUUUGAGGCUGCAGAGGACAAUGAGCUCACCUUUAAAGCUGGAGAGGUCAUCACAGUGCUUGACGACAGUGAUCCCAACUGGUGGAAAGGUGAAACACAUCAAGGCAUGGGGCUUUUUCCUUCUAAUUUUGUAACUGCAGAUCUUACUGCUGAACCGGAAAUGAUUAAGACAGAGAAGAAGACGGUACAAUUCAGUGACGAUGUUCAGAUAGAGACAAUAGAACCAGAACCAGAACCGGAACCAGCCUUCAUUGAUGAGGAUAAAAUGGACCAGUUGCUACAGAUGUUGCAAAGUACAGAUCCCAGCGAUAAUCAGCCAGACUUACCAGAGCUACUUCAUCUCGAAGCGAUGUGUCACCAGAUGGGACCUCUCAUUGAUGAAAAGCUGGAGGACAUCGAUAGAAAACACUCAGAACUCUCAGAACUGAAUGUGAAGGUGAUGGAGGCUCUCUCACUGUAUACGAAGCUAAUGAAUGAAGACCCAGUGUACUCUGUGUACGCCAAGUCCCAGAGUCAGCAGUACUAUGUGCAGGCCUCUGGUGUGUCCGCUCCCCAGGUAUACCCAGGGCCUGCUCAGAGCGGAGCCUAUCUGGUUGCAGGGAAUGCCCAGAUGACCCAUCUCCAGAGCUACAGCCUUCCCCCGGAGCAGCUGGCUUCCAUCAGCCAAGGAGCAGUUCCUCCCUCUGCAACCCCAGCCCUUCCUAAUCAGCAGGCCCAGGCUUCUUACCCGAAUGCAAUGGUUAGUUCUGUUCAAGGAAAUUCGUAUCCCAGCCAGGCUUCAAUAUACAGUCCUGCUGCUGCUGCUGCCGCUGUCGCUGUCACUGCAGUGCCUGUGCCUGCUGAUGUCACCAUCUACCAGAAUCCAGGACCUAACAUGUCCCAGGUGCCAAACUAUACCUUAACGUCAUCGACCCUGCCUCACACAGGAGGCAGCCAACAGCCACCUCAGCCACAGCAAGCAUAUUCUCAGAAGGCUCUGCUAUAGGACUUGAUGCUGCUCUGGGUGGCCUAUUUCUGCUGAGUGCCACUGACAGUGUUAGGAAAUUCAUUAACAUCCUAAGAUUUGUUUUCCUCAGCUUGUGAGAGUCUAUCUUGGUCAAGUUCAAAUACUCAAGAAGGUAGAACUGCUUCAGUUUGCACUGACUUUUUAGAGGAAUGCUCCUCCCCCGAGGAAUGAAACUACUUACAACAUUUAUUUCCUUUCAUGAUAUGAAGAAUUGUUACAAGAUUAUUGUCUUGUAAAAUUACCUGGUCUGCAGCACUCAAAUGAUCAGAAACUGCUGUGGCAAAUGUUAUGUACAUAUAUUGACAUGUAACUUCCUUAGCGACCUUUGAAUUACAGUGGUGGUCAUGUGAAUAUAUUUAACACUGUUAAAUUAAUUUACAUUGUUUUAUUUUAAUCAUGAACAACUAUGUUUGCUAAUGUUUUGUGUAAAUUUAAGAUAAGUACACUAUCUUUUUAAGCUACAAGAGAAGCAACUCGUAGCACAUUGACCUGAAGGCAUUGUCCUGUUAUCGUGUCACAUUAAAUUGAACCUUUCUUUUACUAAUUGUGAACAAAACAUGUACGUUGUAUCUUUGUGUAGCUUCUGCCCACUGGUUGUCAUCACACCAGCAUACAGUAGCCACAUUUUGGUGCAAUUAGAGGAGAAUAAUGUUCCCUUUAACCCUUUAUAUUUUGGCAUGAUGUUCCAGGUAUUGUGGACCAUGAGACAAAAAUUAGUCCUUGUAUUUUAUUUUGAAAAAGGUGACGUUGAUUUACUUUUUCCUAGUUAGUGUGAUUAGGUUUUAAAGCCGUGUACUGUGUUUAUUGGUAGCAGUGACACCAAAGACAGAGACGAUGCACACGGGGAUCGUUCAGUGGGCAGCGAUGAACUAACACUACAAUGUCAAAGUCUCUUGUAAAGCGUACGCUAUAAACAAGAUCUGAUUCUCCUGUCUUACCCCACUAGGUUUUUUUUUAAUGUUGUUGACACAUUGUAUCUUUUAAUUCUCAUUAAAAUGGAUAUAAAUAGGUGUUUCAAAGUAAUUUAUAUUCUGAUUUUGUUUAAUAGUGUAUAUAUUUAUUGUUGCUACAAACUGGAGUCUAAGUUUUUCCCUCUUUGUCUCACUUGAAGUUCUAAUAGAAUUAUUUUUGCUUAUUUAGGAGUAACUUUAAUGAAUUAUUGUAAUUCAUAUAAAAAUUCCAUUGAUAUUUUAGUCAUAAAUAUUUACAAUUCC